CAAUAGCUGAACUCCGCGCCCGCUGUGACCCGCCCACAACACGUCUUCGGUUACCUGGCAAUGUGCUCGGCCUUACUACGUUACAGAACGGACGCGCGGUAUGGGCGAGCGUGACGGGAGGAGCGAUUUGCGCGUCGUUGCCGGCUCUCCGAGUGCUACGAAUAGUCCUUGCGAAGCCUGGGAAUGGGUCACCCCACUAUAUGCAACCACAUGUAACUGGGGAGUAUUUUGGCAGCCCGUGCGGCGGCAGCUCGCCCACGGCUUGCGUGUGGGGCCCAGCCGGCGGCGUGGCCAGGCUGAGCGGCGACGCGCCGGCGCUGGCGCUCCUACUGCGUUGCUGUGCGCUACCUGAGGCUUUGCUGUUGACAGAAGACAAGCUGCAAGUAUGGCAGUGCACGGCGCCGCGAGCGCCUCGGCCCGACGAUGACGACGGCGACAACGCAAGUGACUACAGUGACAAUAACUACGACUGUAGCAGUAACAACAGCAGCGAUAGGGACUGGAGGCCCGGCGAUCCUGACUUUUCUUCUUUCUCCUCGCCACUUCCCGUUACGCGGGGUCGGCUUUCUUAAUCUUGAGGCGCUACUUGCUCCGCUGAUAAGCGUCGUCGAAAGUUAGACCGAGCUCCUUCAUG